CAUGAUGUGAGGUCUCGCGGUAUUUGAGUUGUGACGGAGGGGCGGUGUGCAGCAGAGAGUUUUUUUUGUUUUGUUUUUUCUUUUUUUAAUAUUAAAUUAUUUAUUUAAAUAAAAAUGGCCGCCGUGGGGAGUGGAGCGGACAGACUAGACGAGGGCCAAGAAGGUGACGAGGGACAAGUUGACCCCCAGCCCCCCUCUCACAGUAAAGGCAAGAAGACUCGCAAAGAGCGUCGCCAAGUGGAGCGGGUGCUGGAGAUGACAGCCACUCCUUCAACAGCCUCGAGGGCGGAGCCACAGAGCCAGGUGUUUGAACCGGUGCCAGGCCCGUCAGACACAGGGUCGGGACCAGGAUCAGAGUCUGCUCCUGGGAGUGAGUCUGCAGAAUCUCCCAGGCAGCGGCGCUCCAUCAUUCGGGACCGGGGGCCGAUGUACGAGGACCCCUCACUACCUGAAGGCUGGACCCGCAAACUGAAGCAGAGGAAGUCUGGACGCUCCGCUGGAAAGUUCGAUGUCUAUCUGAUCAACUCGGACGGAAAAGCCUUUCGUUCAAAGGUGGAACUUAUAGCUUACUUUGAGAAGAUUGGCAACACAACCACUGACCCCAAUGACUUUGAUUUUACUGUAACUGGACGAGGAAGUCCUUCCCGUCGUGAGAAGCGCCCCCCCAAGAAACCAAAGGUGGUGAAACCAUCUGGACGAGGUCGUGGACGUCCUAAAGGCAGUGGAAAGAUGCGACAAGCUACUGAGGGCGUAGCCAUGAAACAAGUUGUUGAGAAGACUCCAGGAAAGCUGCUGGUUAAGAUGCCUUUUGGCAAGGCAGAGUCCUCCUCUGGCACGGCAUCAAAGGUGGGGUCUCCAACCACUACUCCACCUGCUAAGUCCCGUCCAGGCAGAAAGAGGAAGUCAGAACAGGAACUUCCACCUCCUCCUCAAACUGCUCCCAAGAAACGUGGAAGAAAACCAGCAUCGGCCUCGGCAGUACCAUCAGUCGCUACGAUAUCCACCUGUUCUGCAUCAGCAUCUGGUAGCUCGACAGCUGGAAGCUACAGUGCAGCCGCCAUCUUGGCUGCUGAAGCUAAACGAAAAGCCACCAAAGAGUCUUCCUCCAAACCUGUUGUUCAGGAAACAGCCCUGCCAAUCAAAAAACGCAAAACAAGAGAGACCGUGGAAGAGCUGGAGAGUGUUCCGACUCAGUCAGUCACAAGUGCAGAGACUGGAGAGAGGACUACUGCAGAGGAACAGGGAAGGACUGCAGAGGGGGCUCAAACUUCAGACCCUCAGCCUACACCCCCUGAGCAGAGCCAGCCCCAGAAGAAAGCCUCASCUUUAGAUGACAGUCAAUCACAUGGACACAAAACACACAAAGGUCGAAAGCACAAGGAAAAAAACGGAUCAGGUGAAGGAGGAAGCAGAGGACAGGAACUGGAUGAAGAUGAAGGUGGAGGUGGAAGGAGUAGCAGCAGCAUCAGUAGCAUCAGCCCAACAAAAAGUCACAAAAGGAAAGAAAGACCACCUCAUAAACACCACCACCACCACCAUCAUCACCACCAAAAGUCAGCUGUGUCAACAUUAGAACAGCAACCAUCACCUCAUCCUCCAAGACCUGGUCUCUCAGCCCCUUCCAGCCCAUUCAGACCUGAAGCCAAACCCCAGACUGUGCCACAGCCCAGACCCAAACAACAAGCUCCCCCCAAACCUCAGCCCCUCCCAGAACCUAAGAGUCCUGUCCCUCAACCCCACCACCAACCGCAGUCCUUUCCUCAGACCAAGGUGUCCCUUUCAUCCCAUCUCCAGCCCCAGCAGCCUGUACUGCAGACCCCCCCUCCCCAAAACAUCCCACCCCAACCACGGCCCCAAGAAACCCCAACCCACAGUCAGUCUAAAGGUCCACAUGGAACGCACCUUCAGGCUCUGCAUGCUUCCCCUUACACUGCACCUGUCCUGCACGGUCCUCCAGCCCAGACAAGGGAUCCCCAAUCAAAACCCCAGUCCACUACUGGACCCCAGCAUCCCCAGUCCAGCACCUCACCUCAGCCUCCCCAAGUCCURCCAAGACUGCCCUCUCAAUCUCAACUUCAAACACAAUCUCAGUCUCGAUUAUGCCCCCAGACUCAACUGCAACCGCAGACCAGGACUCCAACACAAGCUCAGAGUCAACCCCAGACCAGGACUCCAACACAAGUUCAGAGUCAACCCCAGACCAGGACUCCAACACAAGUUCAGAGUCAACCCCAGACCAGGACUCCAACACCACAUCAGAGUCAACCCCAGACCAGGAUUCCAACACAGCCUCAGUCUCAACCCCAGACCAGGACUCCAACACUACAUCAGAGUCAACCCCAGACCAGAACUCCAAUACCACAUCAGAGUCAACCCCAGACCAGGACUCCAACCCAACAUCAGAGUCAAACCCAAAUUAGGACCGUGACACAAAUUCAGAGUCAAAACCAGAACAGGACUCCAAUCCAGCCGCAGUUUCGAUCCCAGACCAGAACCCCAACACAGUCUCAAUCUCAUCCCCAAACUAGGACCCUGGCACAGCCUCAGUCUCAAGCCCCGACCAGGAGCCCAGCCCAACACCACACUCACCUGCAGUCUAGGCAUCAGACACUUCCACAAACACAGACCAGAGACCCCUUGCACCAUCAACUCCAAACUCAGUACAGAGCCCAAGCCAGACCGUCUUCCUCCCAGUCUACAUCACCUAUGUCCCAGUCCCAAGCCCAUCACCACUUACAACAGAUCCAACCCCACCUACAUCCCCUGUCCCACCCUCAGCAUACCAGGCUGCAUGUGCAGAACCUCACACCCCAGACAAGCCUGGUCCCAGUCCAGCAGAACCAGAACGAACAGCCCGAAGAUCUGAGCACCACACGUCCCAGCCGAGAAGGUUCCUUCCAAAGAAGGGAGUCCAGCACAGWGGAUGUCCGGACGGUGGGGAGGAGGGAGCUGGCCACACCAUCAGAGAGCAGAGAGGUUCUAGGAGGAGACAGGGGGUCAAACAGCACCUUGAGACCUCCAGUACCCUCUGGAGUAUCGGGGUCUAGUCUGGUACCUGGGUCAGAUGGCAGGGCUAGGCUGCGAGCAGAGCCAGAGGUGGCAGGUGAAGGUCGGGAGCUUAGAGACAUUGUGACCCAGUCCACCGUUCCCUGUCCCAGCUGCGAGGAGACUGUAGAGUCCCGGACUGCUGUCAGUGAAAGAGUCAGCUGAUUGGUCGGACUGACAAAGACCUGAUCUUUAGUCUGACAGACUGACCCUGGACCAGAUGGAGGACUAGAACCAGGCACCUUAAUGGGGUGUCAGUGAAGAUAUGGCCGUAGGAACCAGCCCAGUGCUGAGGGACAGCUGGAAAGAACAAAUAAGUUUUUUUAGGAAAACCAACGAAAAGGACAAAAAAGACAAACGUGUGUAUG